AUGGGGACAGUAGAGAAAGCUUUGACUGAGAAGCUGUCAGGUCUGUCAGUAGGGACAGACUUCAUUCCUGAGACAGAUGUGGUAAAAGAUUCUGGAUCAAAACGAAGGAGAGGCGGGAUGCAUCUUGAGGCAGACUUCGGUGGAGAGCAAGACUGUGGCAUUGAUUCCAGGGGAGCGAUGUCAGGGGUAGAAAGCUCUUGCGAGGAAGUGAAGCAAGAGUUGACAGAAAAUUCAUAUCGACCGUCUUGCUCCAACUUGAAGUUGCAGGAAAGGCAGGAAGAGGAGGCUGCUCUAUGUACUGAACACUCCGAUGACCUUCCCGACGGGUUUCUCUCCAUCUUACCAUACGCAGAUUUGAAAUCUCUUCUCACGCUCGAGAGGGUAAGCAAGCAAAUGCGCAGCCGAGUGAAUGAUGUUCUGGUGUGGAGAAAGUUAGAGGUUGAUCGCCCUCUAAACAGGGCCCUUACAGAUGACAUUCUUAUGACCCUUGUCAAGAGGGCAGGUGGAUUACUGAAGAGUAUGAGACUCGUCACAUGUUUAUGGAUCACUGAUGAAGGAUUAGCCAAUGCGCUAUCACUCUGUCCCCAGCUUGAGAAGCUGGACGUCCCAGGAUGUAUACAGCUCAAUAUUAAUGCCCUUGUGCAUACGGUGGAGCAGCACUGUGCAAUGAGUCGAUCGAAAGGGAUGAGCGGUAUCAAACAGUUGCAAAUCCUUGGAAAAUUUAAAAUCCAGGAGCAGAACGAGUUCACUAAGAGAGAUAUGAUAUUGAGAGCAAACGGACUUUUAACGAACACUUGGCCUCUUUACCAAUCACCGACCACUUGGCCUGUGUACCUGUCCUCAAGUACCAUUGAUGACGAUCGAGCUAAGGAUGUUGAGAUGUGUCCCAUGUGCGACUCACAUUAUGCGACGGUUGUGUUCGACUGUACGAGGAAAAGUUGUCAGAAUGCAGCAAGGGUUGACCCCAUCAAAGCUUGCCGGGAUUGUUUCAUUUCUUUGCCGAGUUGUAGUGGCUGCGGUACUUGCUUGCUUGUGGAUGACGAGGAGUUUAAGAGGGCCUGCUGCCGGCGCUAUGUUUGUUUCAGCUGCUGGGCGCAGUCGCCCAAGUGCGCCAAAUGUAACACCGCCAUUUGCCGGAGGCACAAGAAGGAUUUCAUGCAGAGGACCACUCUUAGCGCCUCGUCGGGGGUGUGUGAGAGGUGCGCAAAAGGUUGGGAAAAAGAAAAUGAUUUCAGCGAAAUAACAGAGCUUUGUUUAGCUUUAUUUUCGGAUCCUUGGGAACCUUUAGAUUUUAUUUCGUACCUUUGGGGUGUAGGAUAG